AUGUCAUCCGGCUACGACAUGGGCAUCGACACGUCGCGUCGCAAUGUCAAGCCGCGUCCAUUGACAGACAACGAGCGAGCGCGCUUGGAGGAGUUUCUUGAGUCGAUCCACUACUCUUCUCGGUACUCGGACAGCGAAUUCGAAUACCGACAUGUGCAGUUGCCAAAGGCCAUGCUGAAGGCCAUACCAAAGGAGUACCACGACUCCUCAAAGGGAACACUGAAGCUGCUCUGGGAGGACGAGUGGCGGUCAAUGGGCAUCACCCAGAGUCUCGGCUGGGAGCACUACGAAGUUCACGAACCGGAGCCGCACAUUCUGCUCUUCAAGCGGCCGCUUAACUACCAACCACCUGCACAAUGA